AGAGAGAGAAUCAGAAUGAGAUUGUCAUAUGAGGUCUGACACAGCCACCACCCAUUGACAACCGCCAAGCUACCUUCGUUAACUAGCUUCAAUAAGCCGCCGGCUGUGUUCUACAAUCUUCUCCUGUGGUCCACCUCACCCAAUCCCAAUCCCAACCCUUCUAAACUUUUCUUCUUCUUCUUCUUUACUCUACUGGUCAAAACUCUUGUGUUCUGAACUCGAAAGGUGGAGCUAGUUGCCUCUCUUUUGGACAGUUAUUUUUCAGGUAAGUUGGUGGUGGGAACACGAUAUAUAUAGGGGCGGGCGGCGCAUGCAGAUGCCAGUAACGAUCAAUACAAGAGCAUCCAUCGCCGUUGGUUUUGCAGAUUCUCAAACCCAAAACGUCGACACGUACGAGUCUUCUUCUCACCAUAUCGAAACGCUCCAAUUCAAUACCUUCCUCUCUUGAUAAAAACGCUUCUCUAUUAUACCUAUAUAGACAACAAAAAAAACCCAUCAGCAAGAAAAACCACGCGACAAUUUUUCUAUAUAUAUAUAUAUGUUAAGAGAGAGAGAGAGAGAGAGAGAGGAGAUGCAAUCGGAGAAAGAUCAAUCGAACGAUCAAGGGAAGGUGAUGAUGAUGAUGAAGCAAAAUAAUGGUAAUAGUAGUAACGAUAAUAGUAAUGGUAAUGAUAAAGCUCCGCAGAAAUGUCCCCGGUGUGAGUCUCUGAACACCAAGUUUUGUUAUUACAACAACUACAGUCUCUCUCAGCCUCGUUUCUUUUGCAAGACUUGUCGAAGGUACUGGACUCAAGGUGGGACCCUCCGUAACGUUCCCGUCGGAGGUGGUUGUCGUAAGGGAAAGAGAGCCAGAACCGCCUCCGCCACCACCGCCCUCACGGCCAACAUGGCCAGCACUUCCUCUACGACGUCGUCUUCGGAAGGCGGUGGUGAUAACUCUAGGCAGGUAUCUCAAGCUCAAGCUCCAGGAACAGGAGGAGGAGCGGGAGUUGUAGUACCUCGUCAAAACCAGACGAACCCACAAAGCAUAAUUGGUUCUAAUCUGAUGAGGCCGGUUGAGCCGUUUGGUUCGCAGUUUUUUCAGGGUGCUGGCUCGUACUUACCUUCUUUUGCAGAUAUGAAUAAUAUUCAGUCUUUCAACCAUGGCGGCGGCCAUGAUGAUCAUCAUAAUCCCCUUAGUCACCAGUUGGCUGAGUUGAUCACAGCUCCUUCUGCUUCGACUUUGAGUCUUCUAGAGGGAUUCAACUUCGCUGCCUUUGGCUCACAACAACAUCAUCAGCAGCAGCAGCAUCAGCAUCAGAUUCCACCAUCUCAUCAGUUUUUUGAUGCAUCUGAUCAUCAUCAAACGAUGAUCAACAACAGGCCUGUCGUAAAUUCUAAUAAUAAUCAUCAAUGGACCCAUCCAAGCUUUGGAGCUCAUGUCAACAAUGAUUCCGAAACUACUCCAAAUCAUUCCACCGUGGACUGGACCAUUGGCGCUGCCAACAACAGUACGGCCGGCAACGUCCAUACGAGCACGACCACCAGUGGCGACGUGCCUUCGAACUCAAAUCAUCGCUGGCCUACUACUCAUCAUGAUCUGUCCGGGUCGUACGGCCCUCCACCGUGAUGAUGUUGCUCUUGACUUGAUUAUUGCCAUGAGACUCUUGUCCUCGGGAUGUGGUAUAGCACAUAAAUUUAAUUCUACAUAUAAUAUAUUUAUAUAUAUAUCGUCUUUGUAUACAGAAAUGAAAACGCAUAUUGAAAUAUCAUCAUCAUGAACUAUAUGUUUUUUUUUUGUUCCUAGUGCUAGUGUAUACUUUGGAUGUUUUUUGUGGUUAGCAGGGAUAUGAGAUGAUUUAUAUGAAAACAUAAUAUGGCUAAGUACAUAUGGUCUUUUGUGGUUU